AUGUUGGAACGUUAUUUAAGCAAUCCAGAAUUACAACAUUGGAGAGCAGUUAAAAGGGUCUUACGGUAUUUACAGAGGACAAAGAAAUACAUGCUCACGUAUAGGUGGUCAGAUAAGCUUGAGAUCAUUGGGUAUGCUGACUCCGAUUUUGCUAAAUGUAUUGAUACAAUGAAAUCCACUUCUAGUUAUAUUUAUAUGUUAGCUGGAGGUCUUUCAUGGGGAACUGAUGAUAACUCCUUGAAGGAAGCAUUUUUGAAUUUUGGUGACGUAGCUGAAGCUAGGGUUAUCAUGGAUAGAAACACAGGGAAGCCCAGGGGAUUCGGCUUUGUUAGUUUUACCGACAGCGAAUCAGCAAACAAUGCACUUGCCAGACUAUGCACACACGGUUUCCUUGCAGUAUCAAUGAUUGUUCCACAAUCCUUGAACCCACAAGGAUCAAAGGAUACUCCGUAUACCUUUGAUGAAGUCACCGUCAACUUCAAAGAAGGAAAACAGAUUCAACUUUCUGAAAUACCUCAACUUGUAUUGAAUCAAAUGAAAUCAUAUGCUAUCCUCCUUAUUACAUGGGACAGCCCUCCUUUCACUCAGCCUCUAGGAUGCCACGUGGGUCUGGGUGAUACGGGUCUGCGCUCAGGAGACUCAGCAAGGUCUACUGGUCGUCAGAAAAUGCUUUGGUCUGGGAUCUGCUGUCUGUUUCCAUUUCCAAGUGAACUGCACAGUCGCAAUAUUCGUGUGAAUCAUACUGAUGAAAGACCUCCUGAUCGACCACAAGGAGGGUACAAUGGUGGUGAUGGGUAUCGUAACGAACGAGGGUAUAAUGGCAGAGGUGGAAGUGGCUACAAGAAUUGA